CUAGCCAUCAUUGUGUCGGUGUACGCCGAACGGUGACCACGUUCUAAUAAAAGCUAUAGUGAUACAUUAUGUUAGUUUUUCCGCAAUGGAGACCGGAGGUGGCAGGGGAGGGAUGCAGGGUGCAACGGUGGAUGCCCGCGGACCGUUUCGCGCCCUACAUUGCUAGGCCAGUGAUGUUACCUACAGUCCAAACACAGAUCGACGAGGAGUCAUCCUCAGGAGGGUCGUCGCCAGAGUGCGAGUCGCACGAGGUUGCGUGCGGCUGGCGCGGCUGCGGCGCGCACUUCGGCAGCGUCGCGCGACUUUCCGCGCACGUCGCGCGCGUUCACGCGCUUGCGCACAGAGACGGCCUCUUCUACUGUGGCUGGCGUGACUGCACUAGACCUCAGAGAGGAUUCAACGCACGGUACAAAAUGCUCGUGCACAUAAGGACGCACACAAACGAGCGGCCGCACACGUGCAACCAAUGCAACAAAAGCUUCUCCCGUGCAGAAAACCUUAAGAUACACUUGAGAUCACACUCGGGGGAAAAGCCUUAUGUCUGCCCUUAUGAGGGUUGCGGAAAAGCGUACUCAAACUCAAGCGACCGCUUCAAACACACGCGAACCCACACUGUGGAUAAGCCGUACUGUUGCAAGGUCCCCGGCUGCAACAAGAGAUACACAGACCCCUCCAGCCUGAGGAAACACGUAAAAACGUACAAGCACUUCACGUCCAAACACACGCCGGAACCGCCCAGCCCCGAAGCCAGCUCGCCAGCCAAAGAAAACAGCUUCUCUUACAACAACAUACAACCCACUUCACCAAUGCGCAUCCAGUACUCGCCACCAAGGAACACGUCACCCACGAUACCACCUUACAACCCUAUACUACCCAUGAGCGACACCAUACCCACAGCACCCUACCCGCCCAUUUUAGAGCCAGUCUACACAAGACCUUUAGAAAACAUGUACCCAUUAAGAUUGCCUAUUAACGAAAUGUCGUACGUAGAGUACACACAGAUGUAUGAGCACGCCUACAGAAGCUAUUACUGCAACGGAGUCAGCUGUCCAGUAUUAAGACCGAUCGGGGAAAAGAUAUACACGUACGAGGAACCCCGGAUCGAAGCUUUUCCGGAAGCCAUGGAGGCUGCGGAGGCGAAGCCAGUGUCGGAUAUGCCGUUAAAUUUAAAAUGCACCAAACAGGAGAGCAACAUUGACAAAAAAGGCCCUCGCCUAGACUUGCCGUUAGAUUUAAGCAACAAAAGAUAGUUAACAGUAUUAAAUAAAUUAUUUUUAUAUAGUAAAAUAAAAA